CUGUGGGGCGGGCAGUCCGGCGCCGUGUAGGCGCGCUGCACUGUGGGGCGGGUAGUUCCGGUUCCGCGGUGGCGGGCGGCGCUGGGGCGGCGGGCGCGGCGGCCUUGUGGGAGCUGUAGUCCCUCCCGGGGCGCUCUCGGCCGCGGCCGGCCGGCGGGGCUAUGCCGGGCUUCACGUGCUGCGUGCCGGGCUGCUACAACAACUCGCACCGCGACAAGGCGCUGCACUUCUACACCUUCCCCAAGGACCCCGAGCUGCGGCGCCUCUGGCUCAAGAACGUGUCGCGCGCCGGCGUCAGCGGCUGCUUCAGCACCUUCCAGCCCACCACGGGCCACCGCGUGUGCAGCGAGCACUUCCCGGGCGGCCGCAAGUCCUACCUGGUGCGCGUGCCCACCAUCUUCCCGCUGCGCGGCGUCAACGAGCGCAAGGGGGCCCGCGCCCGCCGCGCCCGCCCCGCCCCGGCGCCCGCCGCGCCCGCGCUGCUCUUGGCCCUGCCCGCGGAGCCGCAGCCUGGCCCGGCCCCGCCCGGCCCCGAGGACGUGAAGCCCAUCGACCUGACGGUGCAGGUGGAGCUCGGCGGGCCUGAGGCGCCGGCGCGGCUGGCGGGCGAGGAGGGCGCGGCCGAGGGCGGCCCCGCGGACCACUCGUACUCGCUGUCGUCGGGCACCACGGCCGAGGAGCUGCUGCGCAAGCUGAACGAGCAGCGGGACAUCAUCGCCCUGCUGCAGGUGAAGAUGAAGGAAAUGAAGGGCAGCAUCCGCCGCCUGCGCCUGGCCGAGGCCCAGCUCCGCGAGGAGAUCCGCGAGAAGGACCGGCUGCUGCACGCCGCCAGCGCCGGGGCCCGCAAGCGCCCCGGCCUCUGAGAGCCCGAGAUCCUCGGCCUGUGGGGUCCUGGCAGCCCAGCCCCUGAGCUGCCCUGCCCAGCCUGCUGCCCACGGCCCCAGUGCCCGCCCACGGGCAAGCCCACGCAGCCUGGGCAGGGUCACACAGGGAUAAACUCAUUGACUGCCAACCUCUUCCUGGGAGCCAUCGCCAGGGCUCCGUUCUCUCCAUCCUGGCUGUGCCAGCUCCACCAACCUAAGCACCACUGGGUACUGGAGUGGGGAGGGGACACUGGCUGCCCACUGCAUUUCCAGCCCCAUGUCCUGGUGGGUGUCAGUGACACCAUGCUUCGAAUGUAGGUGGGAGCCAGUUCCCUCUCGGCGCUAGGUCUCCCAGUGCUGCUGGUUCAGGAGGAGCUGUCCCUGUGUUGUGACAGCAUUUGCAAAACUUUUCUUGAAGGGACCCAUGUUACCACUAAGUGGAUGUAGGGCGAUGAGCGUCAGCAACCGAACAAAACUUGGUACAACAUUAAUUUGGAUAGCAGUCAUGCUACUGCCUGCCAAAGCAUGUUUGUUUAAAACCAUGACUGGUGUGGUGUCCUUCAUAGGAGUGAAAACCAGUGUUCUGUUUGGCCUCCUUAAGCAAAGACAUGAGAGAGCCUUAGAAGCCUUGUCUGGCUGAUGUUUCUUCAGUAAAUUACUGAUGCCAUUAGAGACGGCCAUUUCACGUGUGAAAGAAUCCCUUCAAACUAAAGAGUGCUACUGUAUGGUGUAGUCAUUGCUUUCUCUUUUCAUUACACCUGUAGUUGUUACAGAUUUACAGAUGCCUUGAUGCUCUUGACAAUGACAAGGAUUAUUCUGAUCUGGUAUAAUGGCUUCAUACCUUAUUCGCAUUUAGUGGCUACGGUUUGUCUCAUUGGCUUAAACAUUUGACUCCUCAAAUAUAACUAACAGGCAUACUCGGCUUUAAAACCCUACCUUUUCCACAAAGACCUGGGUUGACAUUUUGGCUUAGAUCACAAGUGAAAUGAGUUUAGUCUCCAGUGACUCUGCAAAUCCUUGUUGCUUGCUUGUAAUCUACUUGGCACAACUAGUUUUGGAUUAUAUCCUGGCAUUGCUCCAGGAUUGAGGAGCAUUAUAACCCAUCAGUAUGGGAUUCUUGCACUGUCUCUGGAACUAGCCAGUGUUAGUCCCCACUUUUCAGGGACAAUAAAACAAAACUGUCCAGAAAAAUUGUGGGGGGAGAGAGGUGACACUACCACAGCUUGGAUUGAUCAUAUGCUUCCAGUAACUUUCAGAUUAUUAUUAGAAAGCCAGUGAAAUUGGUAACUCUGUGCUCCUGGGGGUCUGAUACACCUGAAUGGCUCCACCUUGGUGCUUAUAUUUAAUGCUUUGCAUUUGAACAGUGAUGUGCUUUAGGAAAGAACAAUUCACCAAAAGCGUGCCCUAUAACUACAUCAGAAAAUGCCCGGACUCUGUGUUUCAGCCAAGUUAGUAUGGAGGGGAAGCUAAAUUGAUUAACUACAGAUUUGGGAUUUUAAGAUCUUUCUCUUGUAAUUAGAAUAUAUUACACUCCAGAGUGGAUUGGGCUGCAGAUUUUACUAGAUUUUAUACACCUUUUCUAAAUGCACAAAUCAUCUUUAGUUGGGAAAUACUGAAAUUUUUGUAACACUGACUAACUUUUAGCUGGCCACCUGUCCAGUUCAGUCUGUCCCCUGAAUGCCAGUCUGGCAUUACUGAGUCUGAAGGGUGCACGGGUGAUUUACGGGAGUGGGCAUAUGCUCAGCUGCCAUUCAGUAUCCAGACAGCUAAGCUAGACUUCAGUAGGUGCAGCUGAUACUAUGAUGCGUGGGUCAGUUCUCCUUACUUGUUUAUUGACUCGGCUGGUUGACCAGGAAGAUGAGUGAUCUAGUCAUGUACUUAAAAUAUGUAUAAUUUCAUUUUUAAUUUAUUUUUCCAAUCUGAUACCUGGCUCAGACUGCAGUUACCUAAUGUGCAGGCUUCAGGGCAAGUCACAACUGCAUCAAGUUUUCAUGGGGGAAAGACUGGCAAACAUGCUUGCUACACUGUGUCGAGUUUAACUUGUGUAACAUGGUCAAUCAAUCUCACUUUGAUAGCUAUACUUCCAUCAAGACAAAAGGCAGCAUGUCUCUUUUUCUUGCAUAUUAUAAAUGAGACUAUUUGGGCCUCCUAGCUGCCUGAGAGUGUUUAGAAUGUGCGUGUUGUAAUAGUCAUGGUACUUUUCUACCAUAGUAAUGCACUUCAGGACGUUCAGCUAUUUGGAGUGCUGGACUGGUUAACUGCUGGACUGUUCCAUUUUUCCAGGUUACACUGAGGUGCUAACAUGCCUAAUUUUAAUAAAGUCUAUUUUGUUUUGUUA